ACGGCAUCACCCAACAAAUGCCAGGUUGUGAAAGACUGAAUGUUUUAUACACUGUUACCUUCACGGAUCCACCGAGGUGAGACGUGAUUGAUUGUCUUGUUGAAACUGGUCCUUAACACAAUACGUCUGCAGCUGCCCACACAUGAAUUUGGGAAGCACAGUCUCUUCUUCUCAUCGUAAGAAAUGCGAUAAAGAAAUAAAUAAUGGAAGAGCAACUAGCUGGUAAGAGGAAGAUUACCCAGAAAGCUGCAGCAGGCGGAGAUUCACUGUCCUUCGUAAACUUACUGAAAGUCCACAGAGAACUGCUAGUUGAUCGAGUCCACAACACCCAGUGUUUGAUUGACAACUUGAUUAAGAAUGACUAUUUCUCCACAGAAGAUGCAGAGAUUGCUGCACAGUAUUCUACACAAGCAGACAAGGUUCGUAAAAUUCUUGAUCUAGCCCAGAGUAAAGGUGAGGAAGUUGCAGAAUAUUGCCUGUAUGUCCUGCAGCAAGUUGCUGAUGCUUACUAUGACUUACAUCCCUGGCUGGAGCAGAUUGGCUUUCACCCAUCAGAAGUCAUUUGUAACAAACCUGUGGAAAAUACCGACCCAGUCAGCAGGUACCAGCAGAAACUCAAAGAUGAAUUGGGCCGAGAUACAAAGUUCAUCAUGUCCUAUGCCCAAAAGGAGGACAUGUUGCUUGAGGAAACUUACUCUGCCAACAUCAUGGAGUUUAUCAGUCACAAAAAUGAGAAACUCAGUAAUGUGGAUACCUUAGAAGAUCUGCUUACUGACAAUGUUGGUCUGAUCAAUGAAAAUGGAGAGACCAUCUAUAUCUUUGGGGAUGCUGGGAUUGGAAAGUCCAUGUUACUGCAAAAGAUGCAAAAUCUCUGGUCCAAGAAUGCCUUUGACAUAGGGGCCAAAUUCUUUUUCCGUUUCCGAUGCCGGAUGUUCAGCUGCUUUAAGCAGGAAGAAGCCAUUUGUUUAAAAGAUCUUCUCUUCAAGUAUAACUGUUUCCCAGAUCAGGAUCUAGAGGAGGUUUUCAACUUCAUUUUAAAAUUUCCUCAUACAGUCUUGUUCACAUUUGAUGGCUUUGAUGAGAUUCAUUCUGAUUUUGAUCUCAGUAGUGUUCCUGAAGUUUGCUCUCCCACUGAAUCUAUCCAUCCACUUGCUCUGCUGGUAGGCCUCCUCAGUGGAAAACUUCUGAAGGGAUCUAGGAAAAUUUUGACAGCCAGGACAGGGACAGAAAUUGAUAAAAACAUUGUCCGGAAGAAAGUACAUCUCCAAGGGUUUUCCAGCAGUAACCUGAAAGACUAUACUAAAAUGUUUUUCAAAGAUGAGGCAUCUCGGACUUUAGUUUUGAACCAACUGGAAGCCAACCCAAAUCUAAGCAGUUUAUGCUCAGUGCCACUAUUUUGCUGGAUUAUCUUCAAAUGCUUUGAACAUUUCCACUUUGCGUAUGAUAGCCAUGAGCUCCCAGACUUCACUGUCACUCUAACUGAUAUUUUCUUGCUGAUGACCGAAGUCCACCUGAACCGCAUUCAGAAGACAAAUUGGCUAAAGAAGAACAACAGAAGCCAAGAAGAGACGUACAGGUCCAAUAAAGAGAAAUUGUUUGCACUGAGUAAAAUAGCCUAUGUGGGGAUGCAGAAGUCUCUCUUUGUCUUUGAGCAAGAGGAUGUCCUCAGUGACCUCCCAGAGCAGGAUUUGCAUUUAGGUUUUCUCAGAGCAGUUCCUAAUUAUGUGGGCAGUGUAGACCAAUCUUCCUACGAAUUCCUGCACUUGACCUUGCAGUCAUUUUUCUCAGCUUUUUUCCUAGUAACUGCGGAGAAAGUGGGGGCCAAAGACUUGCUGCAGUUCUUUGCUGAAUGCUCCAUGCAAGACACCACCCUAUCUUCCUGCUUGCCUCUUGCCUGGUUGAAAAAUUACCACCCAACAGGAGGGGAUCCUUUCCGAAAUAAAGAGCACUUUCAUUUUACUAAUCUCUUCUUGUGUGGCUUGCUUUCCAAGGCAAGGCAGAAACUCUUGAGGCAUCUGGUUCCUGUGACCACGGUCAAGAAGAAAAGGAAGAUUCUUCUUGCCUAUUUUUUUGAAAGCAUGAAAUCCCAUCUGAAGAGUCUCUCUCGGGCAAGGCUGAAAGAAUACCAACAGGUGCAAGUAAUGCCAAACUUCGUUUGGAUGCUGAGAUGCAUCUAUGAGACUCAGAGUGAGAAAGUUGGUAAGGGGGUUGCCAAAGGUAUGCGUGCCAAUUACAUCAAGCUGACAUACUGCAAUGCCUACUCUGCUGACUGCAGUGCCAUCUCCUUUGUUAUGCAUCAUUUCCAGAAGCGCUUGGGCCUUGAUCUGGACAAUAACAACAUCAACGAUUAUGGGAUCAAGCAGCUGCAGCCUUGCUUUAGCCAUCUGGCAGUGCUCAGGGUAAGCGUGAACCAGAUCACAGAUCAAGGUGUAAGAGUGCUUUAUGAGGAGCUGUCCAAAUACAAAAUUGUGACUUAUUUGGGCUUAUACAACAACCAAAUUACAGAUAUUGGAGCAAAGUACGUGGCAAGACUCAUUGAAGAAUGCCCAAGCCUUAUAUAUGUUAAGAUAGGAGCCAACAAAAUAACAACUGAAGGAGGGAAAAGUCUUGCUUAUGCCAUCCAGAAGAGUAAAACAAUGUAUGAAAUUGGAAUGUGGGGUAAUCAGGUUGGGGAUGAAGGAGCAAAGGCUUUUGCAGAAGCACUGAAAAAUCAUCCCACCUUAACCAAUAUCAGUCUUGCAUUUAAUGGCAUCACAACGGAAGGGGGUAAAAGCCUUGCAGAAGCGAUGAAACACAACAGUACUGUAAAUAUAUUUUGGCUAACAAAAAAUGAGUUGGAUGAUGAAGCAGCUGAGAGUUUUGCUGAAAUGGUAAAGGUUAACAAGAGAUUGGGCCAUCUGUGGCUCAUCCAGAAUCAGAUUACUGCUCGAGGAGCCAACAGUUUAGCUGAUGCUCUCCAGGACAAUACAACUCUUAAAGAAAUCUGCUUAAAUGGAAACCCAAUAAGCCAAGAGGAGGCCAAAGUCUUUGAAAAUGAAAAGAGACUCAUUUGCUUUUGAGAAACUUUUUCCGGACUAUAUGGUGGUUGUCAGGCCAAGACAAUUACAGCUUUGCCAGAAGUCAGAACAAUGCCAGAAGCCUGGGCGAAAUGAACACGGACCUUGCCUUCCUUGUGCUUGAACAAUACGAUUGGCCCUGGGUAUGCAUCUUGUGACUGAUGCGUGAAAGGAGGACAUUGCCUUAGUAAUUAACCUACCCUAACAACAUUUGUGUUAGGUUUGUGGGAUGAUUUUGGUUUUAUGCCAGGCCUCAAGAUCCAUCAGCAGAAACCUGGUUCAGGAGACAUACUCUUAAAGGACACUGAAGCUCUUUGGAGGAUCAGAACUGAGUGGGGCUCACAGCUCAUCCACACAAAAUCUGCUCCUGGCUGCCUUCUCCCUUACCCCACCCCACCCCACCCCACCCCACCCCACC